GAACCAUUUCCCUGUUUGACCACUAGGUUUUAUGGGUAUUAUGACACCUCCUCUGUGGGGCUCUAUGCAAGACUCCUCCAAAAAUGGGUGUGGCGGAGGGCUAGACACACCUUAACUUCGUACCCACCCCCAUGUUCGAUUCGCCCCCAACCCAGGCAGCACCGGAGAGCAACGGGUUAAAAGAGGCUGCGCUGCCCAGCAUUUCAUCAGACCGAGACUCUUGUUUCAGGGAACGAGAGUUUGAACUUGGUCCUAUCGUCUGCCUGUUCGCUCGCUGCACCGCGCAUCACUAGUAGUCGACUGUUGUAGCGUACGUAGGCUGGCUACUAUCGUUUCUCUUUCUGAGCCAAAGCAAGCGGAGAGGGAAGGUAUCCACCCUACCACUGAGACACAUCUAAGCAUGGAUGCUCUGAAAUCAGCUGGAAGAGCGAUUAUCAAGAGUCCCGGAGUUCCGCGGCACACAUGGGGCACCUCCAAGCACGAAAAGCUGCCGGAGAACUGGACAGACACCAAGGAGACCCUAUUGGAAGGGAUGGUCUUCCAGGUCAAGUACCUGGGGAUGACUCUGGUGGGACAGCCUAAAGGAGAGGACAUGGCCGCUGCAGCUAUACACAGGAUAGUCUCUACGGCCCGGGCCAGUGCUAAGAAGUUCCGUAAGGUGACCUUGACCAUCUCUCCUAAAGGAAUCAUCAUCACAGACACAGAGACACUGGACCUCAUAGAGAACGUCUCCAUAUACAGAAUCUCUUACUGCACAGCAGAUAAAACUCAGGACAAGGUGUUUGCCUACGUUUCCCAGAGUCAGUUCAAUGAGACACUUGAGUGCCACGCUUUCCUCUGCCACAAGAAGAAGAUCGCCCAGGCUGUGACGCUAACAGUAGCCCAGGCCUUCAAAGUAGCUCUGGACCUGUGGGAGAUUGCUCAGGAAGAUAAAAGUAAGAAGGCCAGGACGUGCUGCUCAUGUUCUGUCAGCGAUGGACAGACAGAGAUGACAAACACACACUGUGUCUCAGACUCAGAGAAGCACCAGCCCCAGGAGAAGGAAGAGAAACUGAGACGGCCAUUCUUCUCCAUGUCGUUCAGCUCGCCCCGCAACAAACCCACCCGGAAACGACCAAUCAAACACGACUCCUGGGACGUGGAGGACGGCCUCGAUGAUGCGUUCUCAAGGUGUGUUUUGUCUCUUCAACCCGACAUGCAGCAACAUGGAGGUAGAAGAGAUGGACACUGCCUGGCAGAGUCCAGUUCCGGACAGCAGUCUAAGGAUGCAGCUCUGAACCCCCUAGAGGAAGACACCACCCCCGCUAGAGGAAGACACCACCACCACCCCCUAGAGGAAGACACCACCACCCCCUAGAGGAA